GUGAGAUCCUUCAUUUUCCCCAUGUCGAAUCGCGUGUUACAGUAACUCAUUAAAUAUUCUUCUUGAGAAUGAGUUUUCGAAGUCAUUCAGAUAAUGGACCAGGUUUUGUGGGCAUUAAAUUUUGCCAAGAAUGCAACAACAUGUUGUACCCAAAGGAAGACAAAGAUAACAAGAUACUGUUAUAUGCAUGUAGAAAUUGUGACUAUCAGCAAGAAGCCGACAACAGUUGCAUCUAUGUGAACAAGAUCACUCAUGAAGUCAAUGAACUGACACAGAUUGUAACAGAUGUUGUUGCUGAUCCUACAUUACCAAGAACAGAGGACCAUUUAUGUCCCAAAUGUGGUCACAGUGAGGCAGUGUUUUUCCAAUCACAAUCCAGCAAAGCAGAUCAAAUGAGAUUGUACUAUGUGUGUACAGCGGUUAACUGUGGAAACAGGUGGACUGAAUGAGAGACAACUCACUGAACUUCAACGUACAGUGAAAAAUUAUAAAGGGAACAUUACCAACUCCUGCUGCAGACGUCCUAAUGGCUCAUCAGGAAAAAGCAAGAUGAAACCAUUAUUACUGUUCGAAAACAUUUAAUGUUUAGUAUAAGAAGAGAGAGACUGUGUGUUUUUCAGUUCACUUAGUUUUUCGCUGUCCUAAGUAAUGACGUGGUUAGCCCCGAUUCCACAUUAUUUUUCCCUAAAUUAAAUUUUAAUUCCUAUCGAUUUCAUUGCCCGUGAGGAAAAGGUUUAACGAGUCGCUUGGAGAUUUAAGAGCAUGCACAUUGUGAUAAGUUUGGUGCGGUCGUUCGUGAAAAAAAGAUAAUUAGACUCAGCAGGCUUUCUGUUUUGUUUCAUGAUUGAUAAGGAAUCACAGAAUGUUGUUAUAGGAGUAGUGCUGCGAUUCCAAAAAGAAAAUAAAAUCUUCGAGUGGAUUCGAGCCUUGCCUCUCAGA